UACAUGAAAAUAAUUUAACCAUUUAUGAAGAACUAAACAAAGGAAUAACAAAAUGGCUAGAAUAUUUGGAUAAAAAAAUUAAUAACUGCUUAACUUUAUUAAGAAUUAACUUUUCAGAUGCUGAUAUAAAUAAAAUAGAUAAAGUCGUUUCAGCUAGUGAAAACCUCAAAACAAUUCAAGAAUGA